UUUUUAAAUAAUAAUAAUAAUAAUAAUAAUAAUAACAACAUUUCCACCUGCUCCCCAUUCUCUGUGUGCCCCUCUGCCACCACCAGAACGACGAAGAAGUGGAGAAACACGAACAACUAGGUACUAAACCCCAAAAAAGAGAGAAAAAAAAAAUGGCAUCACGUGCCCAUGAGCAAGCACUGGCCGCCAUGCUAUCCCAUCUUGCUCUCUCCUUCGACGGAGCAAUUCUUGGCGCGGCUCUUGCCUACGCCGCUGUACGUUCAUUUCUCAAUUUUACAGCAAACUCUAAAUCCCUUGCCAAAAUCCGCAAGGCACCCACUCUCUCCGUCUCCGACCUCCGCUCUCUCCUUCAAAAUCAUGAUCAAGACCAUCAGGACCAGGAGCAGAAGCUCGUGAUUGUCAGAGGACAAGUAGAGGCUAAAUCAGCCGUUGAUGGGUCCGGGAAGAAGAGCUCGAGGGACUCUAAUGUUUUGCUUUCUCAUGAGUCUGGUGACAAGGCUGUUAUUCUACAAAGAACUCAAACUUGUAUAUACAACGAAUGGAAGGGCUUUUUUGGAUGGACUUCCGACUUACGAUCUAUCUUUGGAAGAUCUUUGAAAGAACAAGAAACAACCUUUUUAAGAACGGUUCCUUUUACGCUUGUUGAAGGUGGUCAAUGGCCACAAUCUGAUUAUGUUAUCGUGAACAUGGAUGGAUCAAGUCACCCCCUACCUCUUACGAUGGUUUAUCAUCAGUUGCAACCCAUUGUUGCUUCUCGUUAUACAUUCAUUCAGGCGCUUUUUGGUCAUGAAUACCCUGUUGGGGUGCUUCAUGAGGAGAAAAUCCUUCCAUUAGGGAAGUGUAUCAGUGCUGUUGGCAUAUGCAAUUCUAAAGAUGGAAUUCCAGAGAUAAAAUCUUGCAAAGAACUUCCCUAUUUUCUGGCUGACAUGACCAAAGAUGAAAUGGUGGCAGAUCUUGCCUUCAAGGCGAAAAUACUGCUAUGGAGUGGUAUUGUUCUUGGUUCACUUUCUAUUGGAGUCCUUGGCUUUGCUGUCAUGAGGAACUGGAAUAAAUGGAAAGCGUGGAGGCAAAGACGCUCUCAGCAGCCAAUCCACACUACCAGUGAUGAAGAUGUCUCUCAAAUUGAUGACAACGAGGAUGCUGGAGAUGUGCCUGAGGGGCAGUUGUGUGUGAUCUGCUUGAUGAGGAGAAGACGGGCUGCCUUCAUUCCCUGUGGGCAUCUUGCAUGUUGUCAUACCUGUGCCGUAUCAGUUGAAAGUGAGGUAUCACCCAAAUGCCCUCUCUGUAGGCAGGCAGUUCGAAAUUCUAUCAGGAUUUUUGAAUGUUGAGGGACAGAGAAUUACUGUUUUUUUAACAAAAUGCUGUAUUAGGGGUAUAUCAAUGGUAGAUAAGGUUAGCUCAAUUAAUUAGCAUUUCAUGGAAUGGUGCGCUGUCUAAUAUUGCUUGCUUUUAAACACCCCAACAAGGCUGAUAAUAUUACACGGGGAAAAACCCAAAAUGACUUGUAAAAAAACAAAAAACCCUGAAGGCUGAAGACCUACCAUUUUAUGCUGAUGAGUUCUAAUGACAAUGGUGCGUGGUCUUAAUGUGUUUGGAACAA